UUGUGGUUUCGUCUGCAUGGUGUGUGUGUGUGUGCUGUCCGAAUUGGCGCCUACGGCCCUGGUAUGAGCUCAGCUCCGGUCAAGCUGUAUCUUCAGAAAGAUAGAAUUCUUGUUUGGAACGCGGAGGAUGUCAACAAGAUUCGAUGUCAGCAUCGGAUCGUCGGAACGCAGGUUGGCUGUUUUCCACGCUGUCCCUAUCAAAACGUAGUGCUCGGAUUGCCAGUGCAAUUUGGCAUGGAAGAGGCGCGUUUGCUCAUUUCCAAAGGUUUCUGCGUUCUCGUGGAGAACGUGAAAUUGAGCCAGCCGCCUACGGACGACGAGAGAGCUCACGUUGACAAGUGUGCGGACGAUGUCUACCAAGAGCAGGCUGAAGUGAUCAUGGCACAACGAAAAGCCGAGAUCGAGCAACAAGCGGAAAAGAUUGUUGCCGGUCUCGUUAGGAAGAGCAGAGGGCAGCACGUCUCCAAGAAGGCAAGAAAGAAGCUCAAAAAGAGUGGCAGCGCCGAGUCGAGCGAAGGCAAUGCGGGUUCUUCUACUGAGCACAACGAGAUACAAGCAGCAGAAAUCGAGGCUCAGAGGGAAGCUGUUAUUGCUGACGUGAUGAAGAGCAGAGUGUCGACACCAUCGCGAGACAUCACACUGGCACCUGUCCUGUACGAGUGCCUGCGAACAAAGGCAUCAGACUUAGUGCCCGCAGAGUUGAACUACCCAAGGACCGAUGCGCACAAGGUGCGUUGCCGAGUGUUUGAGGAUCUCUGGGAAAAGGGCCACUACAUGACGGUCGGGUCGAAGUUCGGAGGAGACUUUCUCGUCUAUUCGGGUGAUCCGCUUCUUUUCCAUGCUUUCGGUGUGGUGGUGUGUUUAGGCAAGGACUGCAAAGUCUCAGGCCGCGACAUCGUCAUGUGGGGCCGCCUGGGGAAUGCCGUGCAUAAGACCAUCAUCCUGGCUACGCUUCGAGACGAUCGACUGCGUUACAUCUCACUGCGCUGGAGUGGUGAAUUGUGACUUACGAACUAUACUUGCAUGUCAUUGGUGGGAGUGAAAUUGUCAUUUUU